AGUCGAAGAACUUUCAAGAUGGCGAUAUAAAUAGGAAGUCUAUAAUUUAACUGAGAAAAGUUUCCUAAUCUUUUCUUAUCUACGGUCCAUAUUUACACCUAAGAGAAAACAGUUAAGUUGAUUCCAUUUUAUUUAAUCAAAAGAUGUCUUAAUUAUGUAUACCUUAUUUACUGUGAUCGGUCAUUUCUUAGGCCUACUAAAGCCUAAAUUUUACUAAAUUACUAAUGUAAUCUUUUAAUUAACGAACUGUUUUAUUUAUAAUACGUAAAAGAGAAGUUAGACAACCAAGGUUGAUAUCAAGGGAAACGAUACAUCUAACAAAUACUGUUUAAUCGAUACAUUUAAAUAAACAAUUAGCUGCCUUGUUUAAUAUUAUCGUUAAUAUUAAUUUCAGAGAGAAGCUAAACGUUGUAAAUAUAAUUCGAAAUGCUUAAAGAUCUAGAUAUUUGAUAAUCUAAAACUCAACAUCCUCUCUUUAACUGCCUUGUUGACUCAACUUUAAAAUAUACGAUGGCUCCGCAUUUAAAUACGGCCGAUGAAAAUUUCCAAAAUGUUAACAUUUUCCUAGUUGCUAGUGCGUCUCUCGUCUCCUCUGUGUUUUUUAUAUUUGCUUGUACAAAAUGUAGGAAAGAUGGUGAUAGCAAAUCUACAGGUGAAAUUAAGUCAAAGAGUUGUCGUCAAAGUAAUGGACAGGCCAGAGAACUCCCUCAAGUUCCUCCUGAAACCGAACCUGUUGAAGCUGUUUAUACAGAGGUACCAGAUACUGUCAAUCCGGCGGCUCACGAUGCAAAUAUAUACGAGUGUGUUCCUGGUGAUACUCCAAAUCAAUCAGGAUCGGGAGUUGUUACCGGGAGAGUAGCUCCUCCAGUCGAGUCAUUGAAUGGUCACGUUUCUAGGUGUUCUGGAGAACAGUCAAAUUUUAUACGUAACUCAACCAUUGCCGAUACUAGUGGUGCUCCUCCUGUAAUACCAGAGAAAAGUGAAGACGCUAAAAUUACAAUUGAUGACAAUAGGGAAAUAAUUCAAGCUGUUCCACCAUCUCGAACAGGAAAUAUCUGUACAACAGGUAAAGAGCCACCCUAUUCCGAUAUUUCUGCACGAGAAUCUUUAUCCUCUCUUCGAGAGAGAGAGGCUCAGCAACAAAUACUUAUCCCACCAAAUAGUACCGUUUAUGAAAUUGUCGAAGAUCAACAAAAUUAUGAUGUAAUUAAAGAGUCCUCAAAUGAUUAUACCACUCAAAUAUAUUCAGAAAUAAAUGAAGAGCAAGAACCUAAUUACGAUCAAGUAAAUGAUCAUCACGAAAGCAAGAAAACUUCAGAAGAGGUUGCAGGCGCUGUAGGCGGAGCUGAUGCUGCUCCUGUGUUAAAGAGAGAAUCACUUUACUCGAAAGUAAAUAAGGAAAAAAGGAAAACUGCUCCACCCUCCAGUUCAAAUGAUAUACCUAUCUAUUCGGUUGUGAAUAAGCAAAGAGACAGAAGCUUAAAAACAAAAAGCGCCACACCAGAAACGUUGCAGAAUAACUACCAAGUUGAUGGCGAUUACGACAUGGUAGAUACUCCUCCAGUGCCAACAAAAAUUUCCGAAAGACAUUCUGAGAGUGAACCACCAUACGCUACGGUUGCCGAUUCAAUAGAAAAAGAGAAUAGUAAACCAUCAACUGACGUAGUUUGGCAACCAAAUAAUGACCAUAUCUACCAAGAAAUAACAGAAAAAAAACCUACAAUAAGAAAUACUAGGGUUUAAAAAAGAAGAGAGAGAAAAAAAAACUGAACUUAAUUUCAAUGAUUUCAUUUUCUAAUUUCUAGAAAACGAAAGAUCUAUUGUAGCUUUAUUCUAGUUUUUGCUCAAAAAAUAUUUUUUUAUUAGUACGCCUUGGGCUAAUCUUUCUCUCUCUCCUCUACCUCUCUUUAUCUCUCUCUCCCGCCCUAUCUCAAAUUUACUUCUUUCUCUCCUACUCCUCAUUCUCUUUUGUUCUCCAACACGUUUUAUGACGGUAUAUAAUUGUUUUACUGAUCCUGCAACUAUAAAUUCUGAAGGAAUACUGUAGUUUAUUGUGCUAUUUUUUUUUCUUUAUAAAUGUUGAUUGUUAAAAACCAAAGUUCACUUUUUAAGUGAAAGAGACAAAUUUCGUUAAUUUACGAGAAAUUCUUUUUCGUACUGUAGCAGUUAGUUGACUUUAUUAUCAAUUAUUU